UGUUAUUUCAGGGAUGGCCUCAUGCCCAAAGUAUGCACAGGCUGAAUUCAUUGCAGGUGUUUUAUCCACUAAAUUGCCACAUUUUAAAGUAAGAAGAAUGGUUAUAGAUAAGGAUGAUUGGAAAAAUUGGUUAUGGGGAGAGUGCAAAAAAAAUGACUGGAGUCAUACAAAAUCUCCACUUGUUUGGAGAGAAUUAGCCAUGCCUGGUGGUAAACCAGUUUUGAUUGGUGGAUUGAGUGAAUUUUUGGAAUACUGUCAUGAAUAUUAUGGACUCACAGCUUUCCUCACUCCUGAGGAAAAACAAAUGCUGGUUGAUGACAACAUUAAGAUUAAUGAAAGAGAAAUGGAAGAAAAAGCUAGGAGCCAAUACAAGGUUCGAAAAAUUCUCAUUAGUGGUGCAACAUUACGGAUUUUACCAGUUUUACUUUCUGAAUUACUGAAUUUAAAAUGUGUGGGGAAAGAGGCUGGUACA